AACACCCAGAAUACUUUGGAAGACGCGUCUGUUGUCACAGGAAGUUAGAAUGAAGUCGUGUUGCCAACACGGGAAGUUAAAAAACCUUUAAAUUUGACAGUUCGGUGCAGCUUGAUGUGGAGGAGUGUGUUGCUGAGACCAGAGGUGGUUAGUGGAAUUCACCUCUUGUGGAAAACCAGAAGCUUGUUCACAAUGCAGCUGAAGACCAAGGAGUUCCAGUCACUCUUUACAGAGGGGUUGAAGGGUAUAGCAGAGCUGUUUGAGAAGCACAGGUUUGAGCUAAGGAUCGCUGGAGGUGCUGUGAGAGAUCUCUUGAAUGGAAAGCAACCUCAGGAUGUGGACUUUGCCACCACAGCUACCCCUGAGGAGAUGAAAAACAUGUUCCAGGCGGCUGGUAUUCGAAUGAUCAACAACAAAGGAGAGCAACAUGGGACCAUAACCGCAAGGCUUCACGAGCAGAACUUUGAAGUAACGACACUGCGAGUGGACGUUGUGACUGAUGGAAGGCAUGCGGAAGUGGAGUUCACCACAGACUGGGAGAAGGAUGCAGAGAGACGGGAUCUCACCAUCAACUCCAUGUUUCUAGGACUGGAUGGCACUCUGUAUGAUUACUUCAAUGGCCUUGAAGACCUGCAGAACAGAAAGAUGAGAUUUGUCGGAAGUGCAGCCGAGAGGAUCCAGGAAGAUUAUUUAAGGAUCCUGCGAUAUUUCAGGUUUUACGGCAGGAUAGCAAAAGAGCCAGGUGAUCACGAGCCUGAGACUUUAGAAGCAAUAAAGGAAAACUCCAAGGGACUGGCUGCGAUCUCCGGAGAGAGAAUCUGGAUGGAACUGAAGAAGACUCUGAUUGGAAACCAUGCAGCUCACCUCGUCUCCCUCAUGUAUGACCUGGACGUUGCUCAAUAUAUCGGGUUACCUGUGAACGGGAGUCUGGAGGAACUGAAGCGUGUGUGGAAGAACGCACAACACCGGAACCCCAAGCCCAUGACCAUCCUGUCUGCUCUGUUCCGAGGGCCGGACGAUGUGAACAAGCUGCAUCUGAGGCUAAAAAUCUCCAGAGAAGAGAAGAACCUCGGCCUGUUCUUGGUGAAGCACAGAAGAGAUCUACACAAGGCAGACGAUGAGGCGGACAGCUUGAAGCCAUUCAGAGACUAUAUCAUAGACUCAAGGGAGCCAGAUGUCCAAAGCAGAAUCUGUGAAUUGCUGAAAUACCAGGGAGAGGAACAGCUGUUAGCAGAAAUGGAGAAGUGGUCUAUCCCACGCUUCCCAGUCAGCGGGCAUGACCUGAGAAAAAUGGGGAUCACCUCUGGGAAAGAAAUCGGCACAAUACUGCAGACUCUGAGGGACCUCUGGAAAAAGAGUGGCUAUCAAAUCGACAAAGAUGAACUUUUGAAGGAUGUCAAAAAUCUAUAGAAAAAGAGAAUCCUGUUCCACUGUGAAAUAUCUGCCUCAACUGAUGGAAAUAAGACUCCCAUGGCAUAGCAGUGUGAGCCAAUCCAGAUUUGAGUGUGCUAGGAGAUACAACUCCACUUGUUACCUUGUUACAUGGCAGGUAAUUUAAAGGGUUAAUAGUUUGUGAUAAAAUUCCAUGAAUCAUACUAGUCGAGCACUUUCAUUCACUCUGUCGAUCUCAUAUGUAGUACUGGAAUGUUGUGUUUCUUUUUUUUUUUUUUUUUUUUUUUUUUUUU